AUGCAUAUAAAUGUAAAUGCAUACAGUGACAGUAGCCAAGCGUAUACAUGGAGUACUAGAGAGAACAAGACAAAAGAGGGCGCGGAAGGGAAACAAGCGGAACCCGCCAACGAGAUUGACCUAGAAACACCAGACCAGAGUGUGGAUGAGGUGAAGAAGAAGACGACGGAGUCGACACCGAUGCCGAAUACAGAGGAACCAAAUCAAAAGUCGACGGAGUUCUCGCCGAUAGACACUGUGGAGGACACAACAGGCAACACGCCAGAAACGGUAAAGGACGAGUCUCAAGCAAAAAGAACGUCAUUUACUGAAAGGUUGGCAAUGAUGGUCGGGAUGAAAUCAAGAGACAUAGUGACGGAGGAACCGAAAGUCGAGAAAGGCAAAACAUUCGGAACAAUUUCCACGAAAACGACAGAGACCAACCAAGACGAAGACCAGGUUAAACAGGGAGCAGCAGCCAACAACAGGGCAACAGCUGACCAUGAGACAACAACUUCUCUUGAGCUGGGCGAUCUGAUGGCGAAGCUAGAUCAGAUCGACAAGAGACUAAAGCACAGUGAGAAGGAUAGAGAUGUGAUAAAGAAAGAAUUAGGAUACAACAAACACGAGUACCUGGACAACUAUUUCAAUCUGGCGAAAGCGACAGAGGAAAAGCUUCAGCAGAUGUCAGACAAAGUAGAUGCCACUGAUGGAGAGCGAGGCAAGAACAUCAAAAAAGACAUGCAAGAGAUGAAGCAACGGUAUGACGCAGUAAACAGCCAGUUGGAGAGUCUGGAAACGAGAAUGGACACAAUGAGUAGGGACCAGGCUGAGAGUUCAUGUGCAAUACAGGCAAAACUAGACGCCAUCUUGAGAAACUCUACGUCACAGGACAGGCCGGCGGCGGAUCGAACGCAAGGCAACAGAGUCGACUUCGUGGAACCACAAAGGAACAAACGAACAAGGGACAAAUAUCAGAAUGCCGAUAGUUUGAGUAAGAAGACGGAGUUCUACGAAAGACAGGAACAGAGGGAUGCGGAUAGGCCCGAAAUCAAAGAUGGCUUCUCCUUCAUGGACAAAGAAACGUAUGACAGUCUUCCACUCUCGAGGUGGCUAGACAAGUCAGGCGAACCAAUAGAAGAUCACCCCGAAUUACCAGAAGAGCCUCCAAAGAAAACAAUCUUGAAGAAGACCCGAGGAAUGCCGAUAGAGAUUAUGUUCAAGUCAAAAAUCGUUGAAGAUUCGGAAAAGAGUAGCGAUGAUCAGGAUAGUCUAUGCAUGAUACUGGCAGAGGAGAAGAUGAGACACCGCGACAAGGAGCUACAAACAGAUCCCUCCUCAGGAACGUACAACUCGGAUGAACAAGAAGUACAAGGAGGUGAAGAAAUUGAGAAAAUUGCGGUAUCGAGGAAACCAUUCAGGGAACUAUCGUGCAACUAA